UGGGCGGAGGGGAUGCGGCGGCUGGCGCUGUGGCUCCUCGCGCCCGGGGACUCGGAGCCGCCGACGACAGCGCCCUCGCGGCGGCCAUGAGACGGCCCUUUCCCUUCUCCUCGCCAACGGGACUUCAUUUUUCACUUGUCAGAUGGACCUAAAUAACAUUGAAUGUUAAGUCUGGCGAUUUCAUAAGAUUUGCAGCGGCUGGGAUGUUGCGACAGAACUGUGGAGGCAACAAGCGUGGUUUAGGAUUAACCAAACUAUCUACCUCCAAUUUCUUCACCAUCUCUAAUUCAGGAAACUGGGGGAUGGGGCGCAGUACCAAGAGCAGCUCUCUGAGCAGUAUUAGUUCCAACUCUGACUGUUAUGACAGCACUGUUGUGGACCCAGAAUACAUUAUGCAGUUGGUGAAUGAUGUCAGAAAAUUUGCAGAUGUUCUACUUUAUUUGAAAGAAACCAUUCUUUCAGAAGAAAAUCAAGAUUGUCUUCAUCAUGUUGUUCAUGAACGUUUGGGUGAGCUGCUGCGAGUCCUAAAGGCAGUAAUUAGCAAACACCAGAGUCUCAACUCAGUUGACAUUCUCAGUGCUGCUGGAACAGUCAUUGCAAAAGUAAAAGCUGUGAACUUCAAAGAGGUUAAUGAAGAAAACAAGCGAGAAGUCUUAAGUGAAAUAUUCUCUUCUAUUGAUACACUAGCAUUUACCUUUGGAAACAUAGUUUCCGACUUCCUUAUGGGAGAUGUAGACAAUGGCUCAGCAUUGGGUCUUCCUGUAUCUCGACAGAGUCAGUCUUUUGAAAAUCUUUCUGUGGAUUCUGGAGGAUCACUGCAUGAAAGGGAUGACAUUCAAGCGACAGGGCACUGUAGAGCUGAAGAAGUUGAUAGCAUUCUUUUAAGAAAUGAUCAUGGAAUUGAAUCAGCUCUGUCCUACGCUAAAGCAUGGUCAAAAUAUGCAAAGGACAUAGUUACAUGGGUAGAAAAAAAGCUUAACUUGGAAAUGGAGUGUACUAAAGGCUUGGCAAAAAUGGCUGAAACAACUAAGGCUAUCAUUGCCCCCCAGGAUUACAUGCCAUUCCAAUCAAUAUUCAUCAGUGCAUUUCAAAAUGAUAUAGAGAACAGUCAGCUUUGGCAACAAACAGCAGCAGCUCUCCAAGCUAAUAAAUUUGUUCAGCCACUCCUUGGCAGAAAAAAUGAACUGGAUAAACAGAGGAAAGAGAUCAAGGAGCUUUGGCAACGAGAACAAAAGAAAAUGCAAGAACUAGAAUCCACCGUAAAAAAAGCAAGGCUGUUAUACAUUCAGCGGCAAGAUGAAUAUGAAAAGGCAAAAUCAUCUACUGCCCGUGCUGAGGAGGAGCAUCUGAUCUCCAAUGGGGGCAUUGUUAAAGAUGCCAGCAAGUUAGAGAAAAAACGGAAGCUGGAAGAAGAGGCUCUCCAAAAAGCUGAAGAAGCCAAUGAACAUUUCAAAGCCAGUGUGGCUGAAGUUGAAGAAAAACGAAACGAUCUGGAAAAUUUUAAAAGCGAUGUCUUAACUCAGCUGCGGGAACUUGUUUAUCAGUGUGAUUUGACACUUAAAGCAGCAACAGUUAAUCUGUUCCAGAUGCAACAUGCCCAAGUUGUGUCUAUUCCAGUUAACUGUCAGUCCCUCUGUGAAAGUGCCAAGCUCUAUGACCCAGGACAGAAGUACUCUGAGUUUGUGAAGAAUUUGCCAAAAGAUGAUGUCCCCAUUGAAUCGGGUUCCUUUGAAAGUCAGAGCUCCCAGGUUGGAGGGAUUUUCAGUAAACGAUCAAACCAUGCACCUGCAUCUCAAGGAAACUUAUCUCAGUGUUCAGGAGACUUUUCCACUCAUGCAGUAGAAGACAUUGGAAGCCCAUCCUAUUGCCGCUCCCAAAAAAUUGGAGAAAAAAGAUCUUCUAGUAGCACCGAUAUCUCUGUUGCAAGAGGACCACCACCCUUUAGGUCCUGGUCUGUUGGUAACCAAAGUGGAGGAAUGUGCAGUGACUCUGAAAGUGCAGGAGGAAGUAGUGAGUCACGAUCUGUGGACUCUCCAUCUGCAAGUCCAGGAGACUUUAAAAGGAGGCUUCCUCGAACACCAUCUACUGGUACCAUGUCCUCUGCAGAUGAUCUUGAUGAGAGAGAGCCACCCUCUCCUUCUGACUGUGGUUUAAAUGAUCUCGCAACUGAAAUUGCCAGUUCUCCUGGACCUUUUAGAAACACUCUUCUGUCUAAGGCAGCUCAGACACACAAAUUGAGGAAGCUGAGGGCUCCAUCUAAAUGUAGAGAAUGUGACAGUCUGGUGGUGUUCCAUGGCGCAGAAUGUGAGGAGUGUUCUCUGGCCUGUCAUAAGAAAUGUUUGGAGACUUUAGCCAUUCAGUGUGGACACAAAAAACUUCAUGGAAGACUUCAUCUGUUUGGAGUAGAAUUUACUCAAGCUGCCAAAAAUACUCCUGAUGGCAUUCCCUUCAUCAUCAAAAAAUGUACCUCUGAAAUUGAAAGCAGAGCCCUGAACGUAAAGGGUAUCUAUCGUGUGAAUGGAGCCAAAUCAAGAGUUGAAAAGCUUUGUCAAGCAUUUGAAAAUGGAAAGGACUUGGUAGAGUUGUCAGAACUCUAUGCACACGAUAUAAGUAAUGUCCUUAAGUUGUAUCUUCGUCAGCUCCCUGAACCUUUGAUUUUGUUUCGGCUUUAUAAUGAAUUCAUUGGACUUGCAAAAGAGAGUCAAAGUAUUAAUGAGGAUCUGGAUAUGAAACAGAUGAGUCCCAGAUCAAAAAAAGGGCAACCAGUAUGUAUUGAACUGAAUAGAAUAAUUCUUAAAAUCAAAGAUCUACUCAAACUUCUACCUCCAUCAAACUAUAACAGUCUCCAGUUCCUUAUAGGCCAUCUAAACAGGGUUACAGAACAGUCUGAUGAAAAUAAAAUGUCUGCCAGCAACCUUGGCAUUAUAUUUGGCCCAACUCUUAUCAGGCCACGUCAGACAGAUGCUACAGUCUCUCUCUCUUCACUUGUGGACUAUCCAUAUCAAGCUCGGGUAGUGGAGCUUCUUAUAACUUAUUAUGAGAAGAUCUUUGACAUUCUGCUGCAGCCUUUAUCAGAUGCAUCUCAGUCCGAAGAAAAUGUUACUUAUGCUAAAAGUAUUCUCUUAUCAGAAGAUCGAGAACCGACGCAGCAAAGGAAAACUGCAUCCUGUAUUGCUCUGAAGGAAAACAUCCAGUUAGCCCAAAAUGAGAGUAAAGAUUCAGAAACUGUUGUGUUAUUUGAAGAACCAGAUAGUAGUAAAGACAAGCAGCAUAUUUCUAAUGCAUUAACAGACUGGCGUUCACAAGUUGGAACUAAACACAGUCUUGGAAGGAGAAACUCUCCUUCAGAACCAUCCACUGUCUCAGUUCUGGAAAAUCACAGUGCAACUAAAAAAGAAUCAGGCAACGAUGGGAUUCAAGUUUCAAGUCAAGACAAUGAACCUUCUCUCUCUGCCGCUGAGGAUGGUGUUAAAACCAGUCACUUAGUAAGACCUAAUCGUCAGAUAGCCAAAGUUCAGUUACGUUCUCAGAGGACAAAGCCAGUUGUUCGCCCUGUCAGUUUACCUCUAGGUCAAACACUUCCUCCCUGUAUUUUGAAUGAGAAAAAUUCCCGAAAUGCAGGGCUAAGUAUAGAAAAGCUUGGCAAAAGCCCUGUUAUUGAAGAGGUUUCUGAGACACAGUUGCUUCCAGCUGUUAAUGCUGGCUGUAGGUUUUCUUGUUAUGACUCUCAGACUCUGAAAAAGACAUGGGACAAGCAAUAUAAACAAUAUGAUAUGACUGCAAGGACAGCAAUGAUUGUGACCAACCUGCCCCAGGAAAAUCGAACACAGGAUGUAGUAAACACAUGUGCCUUACCAUCAUCUAGCAGUGUUGUUAACAAUUCAGUGAAUGCCAUACUUCCCAAUAAGCCAUAUACAAUACCUGUCAGGGCUACAAGAACAACUGCAGAAGGGCAUACCCCAGACUCUAAUCCUCUUGCUGCUUUCAGAACGCCAAGAACUUUGCAACCACCACCAGGGACAUUCUAUAAACCACCAGCCAACAGUAAGGCCAGACAAAAUGAUGAGAGUUCUGCACCUAAACUCUGUACAGCAGUUGUCAAAGAUGAGACUCCAAAGCUAGCAAUCAACCCUGUGCUUGCUCAGGGUACUUUGGGCUCCUCAAGCCAGCAUGUAAAGCAACAAAAAAUCAGUUCAGAAGCUGUUUCCCCUACAGACUUGAAGCCCACCUAUCAGAGAUUAAGGCCAAAGCGGAUGCAAGAACUGGAACAGAGGGAAGCUCACUUUGUAUAGGGCAACUAAAACUUUCUGGAAAAGUUCUACAGCUUUGUGGUCUUGUCAAGGAGGACUAUUCCUAGAAGAUUUCACCUUUGUGCCAUAUUGAACUUAAUUUUAUAUACAUAUGUACAGAAUUUUUAAAAUAUGGGAUGUAAAAAAAGCUGUGAAAAAUAAUGAAGUGAGUUUUUUUUAAUUCAUUAGGUUUUUCUCAAAUAUAUUUAAAUACAUUCCCAGUACAGAUGCAGCUAGUUGAAGAUGCAGCCGAAAAGCUCUGUUACCUAGUUCCAUGUACGGAAUUUCCCUUCUGUGUUUGGAAGCCAAUUAAUUAUGCUUUGGCAUAGCAAUUAAAAGAGCAAGUUCUUGAGUAUAAAUGAUUUGAUUAGACUUCAGCGUAUGAAAUAGUUACUUAAUUUAAGGAUAAACCAAAGCUUGAAGCAUUGCUCUAAAUGUCCAUAUUCAGUUUUCCCUAGUCAGUGCAAUUCAGAAUUUUUGCCCCUAAUAGAUUAUGUAUUGGCCAACAUGGCCUUUGUGUAUCAUGUAUGUAUAUAUUAUAUAACUACAUGUUCAUCUGUUGAUGUUUUAUGUUGUCACUUGAAUGUUGCUUGUACAGAAAAUAUGUAUUACUGAGCUUUACAUGUCCAGUUAUCAAGUGGGUUAAAUGCACAGAAAUCUAGCUGGUCCAGGUGCCCUUCAGGAAGGAAGACAAAAACUUACAGAAGUGGCACCGCCAUCCCUACUUACUAAUAAGCUAGCAUUUCCUGCCCUCUCUGCAAAUAGAUUCUUUUAUUGCUUGGCGCAAAUGAGGUGAAGAUUGUAGAUCAGAGGUUUGAUAAAAUAGGUAUUCAAAAACGCAGCAAUUAGUAAGAACAUCAUCUGGUUUUCCACUUUGUAUUGUUUUAUAUGUACUGUUUGCUUUAAAAUAUAUAUACAUUAAUGUGUUAACAUUUCACUGAGUCCAUGUAUUCUAUAGUGCCCUUAUUGAAUAUAGAACCUCUUACGUGUUAAUAUAAUAUGGUAUGUAUUAAUAUACUUGUGUUUACUGAAAAUUAUUCUGUACAAAAGGGGGGUUUUGCACAUUGAAAAAGGUAUUAACAUUAUGAGGAAUUUUUAAAGGAGAAUAGAGGAUAAUGGAAAACUUUUUUAAACAAAUGCUUUUAGAUAUUAUUAAUUCAAAGUCAAGGGUGGGGAAUGUCAAAAUAAGUAAGUUGGGUAUAAAGCCAACCACAUCAUUCCAUAGGAAUGUUGAAACUUCUUGCUGCUUAAAAUUUCUGCUCUGUUUUGAUAUAUGCAGAAAAUCUGUAUAUAUUUGCUGAAGCCAUAGCAAACAAAUAGAGGUCCAUUUUUAAUUAUCCAGAUGGACUUAAUGCACUGAAACAAUUGUGUGAAUGCAAACCUUGGACAAGGAAACCUAAUUUUGGCACCAUUAAAGUGAUUAGAUGGAAAAGGCUGAAGUUUUCUCUUGCAAACUAAUAGAAUGAGGCCUCCUAUGUCAGGAAGGGGCUAUUAAGAUAACCUUGAUUAUGCUUAUUGAAUAAUUGCAGUGAUACAGGUGCCAGUGUUGCAUCAAUGAGAGCUGGAAUAGGCUGUUCUUUUUCAAACUGCAGGUUGGAAAUCUCACAUUUUUGGUCCCCCUCCCAUGUUAGAUGUUCCUGCAAAGUAAUCACCAUGUUACAUGGGAGGGCCUGGACUAACCCUUCAAUGUGCUAUGUGUGUUCUACUUGCACUAAAUUAAUAGUGUAGGAAAACUUGUAAAAAUGUAAUAUCUUUCCUACAGUCCAAAGUCGCACAUUCUACCACCUCAGUACUCUGUCACCUCAUCCCACUGCAUAUGGAAAUCGGGCCAUAUUCUUAAUACUUAUCACUUCAGGGGUUGAGAGGAAGAUCCAACUGAAUCUGGUUGUUAGGAAGCAUUUAUGGGUUUGCACAGAAUUUAAAAAUCAGAGUUCAAAACUGAGUGCCACCCUCUAUGAAUAAGAAAGCAGGUUUUCGUGUUAAUUUGUUUAUAUGAGAACUAUUCAUUGUACCACAAAUGUGUUAGUAUCUAAUUUCUGUCCAUUAUAUAUAAUUUUUGAACUCUGAUCAUAAUCAAGAUUAAGUGUCCUAUACCUAAUAAAUCAAACUUUGCUAAUAUUUCCGUAUUCAAAUUAAAUUGCCAAGGAUUGUAUGAA